CAGAAGUCAGACGAGCGAGAUUCAGAUCACGUUUGGAGCCAAACACUGAAGAAACUCCAUGUUCUGUGGAUGCGGGACUUUCUGCGGUUUACGGGUCAAGUGAGGACACGAUGGCCUGAUCUGCUCGCCGUCAGGGGGCGGGUCCUGUGGAAUAACCAAUAACCAGAUGUGUAGCUGGCUGUUCUUCAGUUUGAAUCGGAAGUUCGCGUAAUGAAGCUGGGAAACACUCGCAGAAUCUUCUGGAAACUCGGGCUGAGAGCCGUUCUUGCGGUUUUGCUGAUGUUUCCUGCGGCUGCAGCAGAGUCUCUGUCUGAGAUCAUCUGUGACGUCAAGCAACAACCUAAUGGUUUCUACAUGUAUCUGCUGUCCAAACCGGCCCCUUCAACCGAGUGCGAGACAUGCUGGGAGGACAUCAAUGGAACUGCCAUCGCACGUAACACCUUAGGUGUUCAGACUAUAGACUGGUUUGUGCAUAGUCUGACCAACCAGUCCACCAUCCUGAAGAAAUGUGUAGACAACGUACGCUACACACAGGACUGUUUAGGGGCCUUUGAGGAAGCGUCCUGCAGAGUCAACUGCAGCUGGGGUGAUCAGCCAAACACCGUGAACUCCACUUUGACCUGCAUCUCUGAGAGCUGGUGUCCAGACCCGUGGAAGUUUGGGCUCAUUAUCGCUGCUGUUUUUAUUUUUGUUGCUGUAAUCGUGGGUCUGCUCCUCUGUAAAACCUCCACAUGCAAGAGAGGAGUAUCUUGCACCGGGACAACUACAUACAUUCCUGCGAAUGAGCAGAUUAAGGUGGAGAUGGAGGGAGCCAACAACAACAACAACAACAACAACAACAACAACAACAACAACAUCAUAUGAGUUCAUAUGUUGCAACACAACAGUGUCUGAACGAGGAUAGAAAGUGAGUGAUCGAAUCACGAUAAUAAUGAUGAUGAUGAUGAUAAUAAUGAACAUAAUAUUUAAGAUUUCAUAUCUUUUUUUCGAAUGUAUUAUUAAAGUGCCUAAAGACGAUUAUUAAAUUAAAUUGAAUAGGAAUUUAUAUAAUUCAUAUAAAUAUAAGUGCUACAUAUACAAAUAUAUUCAAUAUAAAUAUGUAUAAUGAGAUAUGUUACAAUAUUAUUGUAUCUUAAAAGUAACAGAGCUACAGAGAGAGGAUAAAGAAAAUAAGAAGUAAGUUGAAAUGAUGGUUUGUUGUUCCAAAGUCCAGGAGCCCAGCGUUCACAGAUAAAGAAUACAAGAGAAAGCCGCUAUCUAGCAAGUAUCAUGCCAAAGUAACUCGCUAAGUAAGCUGGCCUGCUACCAGUUCGCUCUCUAUCAGUUAGUUAGCUAUCGGUUAGCUAACUUGCCGUUUAGUUGGUAAAUUGACAAAAAGUUGACAGUUUAUGUUGACAAGAGACUACUUGUCAUUUGCCAUUGACGUCCGUCUCAAAACUAACUGCAAAUCACGUCACAUCUCGUUUAUUGAGCAGUACAUUCUGAUCAUUAAAUUAAAUGACGUGACAAGCUAAUGUUGUAACGAUAGCUUCCUCUAUUUUCAACACUGACUAUCCGUUCCCUCAAAGAUCAGGACUGUCUUAACAGCAGUUGAGCGACCAUGAGAAUUUGCAUGCUAAUGUUCAUUAAAGCUCUGCGUAGAUUUUCUUCCAUCCACUGACGUAGACAGUUCCACUGAAGCAACUGAUUCUGAAAAUCUGUUGUCAUAAGUGAUGUUGUGAUUGGACGCUAAGCAGUUGUGUGACCCUGAAAACAGUUAUGGAGUCCGUUAGCUUCUUUCGGGUCUUUUGUGUCAGUACAAUCGUAGAGCUGCGUGUCGUCUGCGUAAAAAAGUGGAAACUGAUGCCACAGCUAGUACAGAUGGGGAUCAGGGACAGUCACAAAAUGAAAAAAGCUGCUUAAAGCCUCAAACUAUGCUUGAAGGAAAGAAAUUGGUUCUAAAUGCUAACAUGUAUUAUUGUCUUGUAGCAUUCACCUUCUCAACCCUCUUGCAAUAUCUGCUCACAGAUUUAUUUUCGUCUGUUUGGCAUGUGGCAAUAAAUCAUCAGUGAAGUUCAUUGAGAAAAACACUUUAACCACACCUCACUGACUUCCCCUCAGCACUUCCUCUUGAAGCAUUCGCCUCCCCGACAUCAUCUUAAGUAACACUGGCCAUAUUUACCAAGAGCGCGUGGUGACAUGUGAUUCAACAAUUCAAAGGACUUGUAGAUGAAAGUCACACACUUUUCUGAGUAGUGUACUGCUCACGGAUUGCAACAACUCACGGGAGUUCAAGGAACACUUGAACCCACAUUCACUUCAAAAUGCUGUGAGGCCAAAAUCAAAAUUCACCUGAUGCCAGUUAAACUUCCUUGAAAAGAAACUAAUAGGAUGAUCGAUGCUCUGACCAUCAGAUUGUAACGGCACAGCACCAGCACCCAGCAAACUGCAUCCACCUGCAACUUAGAUGGACGAUCCAUCCGUGGAGCUGCCAGCUGAGCAGAGCAAAGAUUUGAAACAUUUGUUGAGAACUAGCAGACCACACAUAUUUCAUCCUAGCCUUUAGCGAGUCUGUAAAAGGCACAACAACAUUGAAAUGGUCCAUCAGAGAAGUAAUAACUGAGGAGACCCACAAACUAAUUAACUCCAUUAUUUUCUGUUGCACUGGACGCACCUGGCCUUGUCCUGGACGCACCUGGCCUUGUCCUGGACGCACCUGGCCUUGUCCUGGACACACCUGGCCUUGGCCAGACAUGUCACUGUGGCUCUGGUAAACUCACAUUUGGUCAGAUUGAUUGACUGUAAGGUUCCCGUCAGCUCGGCGAUCAAACAGCAUGCGACCACGCUGCAUGUGUUGGCAGAACCAACCUUAUCCACACAGUCUUCACUGUGAGGGUGUGGGCGGGAAUCUGGCUUAGUUACAACAGAAUAUAGGGCAUUUGUCAGAUUUCUCCACUAUCAAACAAAGAGAAGCCCAAUGAUGGUUCAGCAACAUUAUUUUCAAGCAUAUAUUGAACCUCUGCGUGCGUGAUGUCUCACUUCCCCUCAGAGACCUGCUAAAAUCUUUGUCUGAUCAUUGGAAUUCCCCAAUGUCCCUCAGUUUUCACCGGGACUUUCACAUCACAUUACCAAUCAGUGACACAAAACCUGAAGAGUCUCAGUAGCCCACAGCACCGUCUGGAUUAGCCUCGACCUGCGCUCAGGAUAAAACAGGGCCAACAGUAAGUCCACUGGAGCAGCAAGAUGGACAUUCUCCUUUCCAGGGCCCAUUACACUGCAGUGCAACUGCUCCAGAACUAUGAGAUCACAAACCACCAGAAUUAUGCUCAUCCACUGCAGUACACCAGCGAUUCAAAGGGGUCCUCAGGUCCCUGGCAACUCCCAGAUGUGCCUGCUUAUCCGUUAUAAAUAUAAGUCGGAAUGCUUCCGGCACCAGCUCAUAAACUCACAGCCAACAGUGAACACAGCAGCCGUAUCAGCAGAUUAACUCUGACUCUCCAUUCAUGUGACAGCUGAACAGGCUUCAUGUGCAGUAUGUUGAAUGUUAGUGUCUCAACGAGGCCGUCGGCGAUGGUGUCGGGUUAAAUGCGGGUUUGACUUUUGAGCAGCAUAGAGAAUUGCUUCUGUUACAGCUGGAGAGAGAUAAGCUCAAGCAACGGCGUUCAUCUCCAACACGCACUUCAAAAUGUUCGGCCAUUUUUAAUAACCGCUCAUUUGUGCACUAUUCUUAAAGCUCUUCCAACGGGGCUUGGAAGAAAUCCGUCCAGCCAGACUAUUACGCGUGGGUUAAUUAGGCGCAGCCGACCUUGGUGCAUCAAGGCUCCGGCGAAUGUAACAAUCACACAGGCUUCGAAUUCUAAAUCCCAAAUGUCACCAGCCUCCGGAUUACCCCGGAGGUCAAAGGUCAGAGGUCACAGCACCUACAGAAACGGUGGGAUGAAUAAUCCAGUGACCAAAUAAUGAUCCAUGGUUGUAAGUAAGGGAAUGAACAAAGGCAGAGUCUCAUGGCACCAGACUGCAAAACCACAAUAAUGUGGUUGUAGCCUGUCAGAGCUCACGCUGAUCGUGAUAUUGAUCUUUCACUGUGGAAGAUGGAAGAUUUGUUUAUCUUGAUCUAUGAGAAGUAAGAGUCAAAUAAGACCUGAUGGACUUUCUGUGUUGUACAGAGGGUUGGAUGUACAGGCAUGGAGCUUGUGCACACAUGAUCUCAGGGCUUCUGGACUCAGUUUUUAUAUGACCUUAAAGUAUAAUGUAUAUAUAAUAUAAAGUUCUCUUCAAUGACAUUGUAUAUUCAUUGAUUUAUUGUGUUUUUGUUGUAAUGAUUGUUGUAAUGAUUUGUAAUGAUUGUAGUGUUAAGUUUUUAUGGUGUAAAAGUCAACAUGUUUUAUAUCAAAUGUGUUUUUUAAAAGUUUUGAAUCAGAGUUUCUGCUUCUUAAAAGCUGCAUUCAUUGUUCUUUUUUUUUUUGCUUGGCCACUUGCAGGCAGCAAAACCACCUGAAAACACAGCACUGACAUCAGGGCUACAACCAGUGAUUACUUUUAUAAUUGACUAAUCAUUUUGUCUGUGAAGUGGCCAAAAGUUGUGAACAAUAGACGUUAUAAUUACCCAGAGCCCAAAGCCACGUGUUCAUAUUUCUGGUUUUAUUUUUAUAUACACCUGACUGUCCCGCUGAAUGUAAUAAAGCAUCAGAAUUUUAAAACUGAGAAGCUGUAACCAGCAAAUGUUUGGCAUAUUUUCUUGAUUAAUGGAAUUUCAUUUCAUUAAGUAAUUCAUUCAAAAUAGUUGCCAAAACACUGAGACUGAACAAAACAAAACCAGGACCUAAAAGAGGCUAAAACGGUUUUUAAUUCAGUCUCGUUUGAUCUGUUCAAAAUGUAAAAUUAUUGAUAAUGCAGCUUUAAAGACAGUGAACUACUGGCCAGGUUAUUAUGAAAUGUCUGUAUUUUUUGGUGGCCAGGGGACUUUAUGGAUUUGUUUUAGCUGAAUCAAUGGCUAUAAUCAAUGGUUUGCUAUAAAAAUGUAUGUUUUUGUGGCUUUAAUUAUGCUGGAAAUUUUUCUGCUGAAUAAAAUGAUCUAA